UUUUCGUCAUUAUGGGUAAUGUCCAAGCGCUCAUCAACAAACGCACCGAGUUCUUUGUAACCCCCGCUAAUUUAGAAGAUCCGCCAUGUGUUCCCUGCUUCGAGAAGAUAGACAGGAAACCCGGGAAUCCCAGCAGCUUCGAGGAUCUUCACGCGAAAACCAAGAAGCUCUAUCCACAGAAUUUCGAAGGCGCCUACUUGCUGCUAAAGAAGACCCUAAGUAAACACUUCAACGUGACAUAUAGGAUGACCUUGAGUUCCGUAACGCCAUAUGGUCUCAAGUUCGGUGUGAAUUACGUCGGCACCAAGAGGGUGGGAUUCUCGGAGAAAUAUCCGGUCAUCUCGGGCGAGAUCACACCUAGUGGCAAUAUGAGCGCCAGUUUCGUGCACACGCUCGGCUGUAGAUAUAGAUUCAAACUCGCGACGCAGAUCGUCGACAAAAGGUACAAGGCUUUUAGUUCCGGCCUAGAGUACCGCUCGGAUGACUGCACGAUAGCGAUGACCCUGGCGAAUCCAGAUCUCGUCAGGUUGCAUGGCACGUUGGUUCUGCAUUAUCUACAGGCUAUCACACCGCGGAUCACCCUGGGCGCAGAAAUCGCCUAUCUUCGGGGCUCUUUGAUACCGGGCGGUCAGCAGACGGUGAUGUGCGCCGCGUUUCGGCAUAGCACCGGCCCCACCACGUUAUCCGCCACGUUAGGCGAGGCGGGCAUUCAUGUCUGUUAUCACCGAAAGGCGAGCGAACAGUUGCAGCUUGGCGUAGAGAUCGAGACCAACACGCGUAUUCACGAGUCUAUCGGCACGAUAGUAUAUCGUGUCGACAUCCCAUACGCUGACUUCAUCUGUCGAGGAUUCGUGAAUUCGGAGACCAGCCUGGGCGCCGUGUUCGAAAAGAAAUUAUAUCCAAUUCCCGAGGCCUCGUUGAUCAUAAGCGGCUUCUUAAAUCACAAGAAGCAACAGUUUCGCGUCGGGAUUGGUCUGAAUGUCGGCUAACAUCUGCGAUGUUGUUCAUAAUUAUAAUCGGGAUUACAAUACUUUAUACAAAUUCUGAACACAUCCUCACAGAAAUAUUGUCUUUUUACAAGUUUAUUACUGAUAUUCGGAUAGAGAAAAAACAAGCCGAAAUAGAAAGUUCCUAUUAAUUUAUGUGUUAAUAUCUCGUACUUAAUCUGAAAAAAAAAAUUAAAUAUUUUCAAGAGAUUAUUUGGAUAAACAUAUUGUGAACUUUAUAUGUUAAAAUGCGAUUAUCCCUUU